AUGGAGAAUGGGUCCGUCCAAUUAUUCUUAGCCUCGGCAAAGUCUGUGGAACUGAGCGGUGACGAGGGGAGCUCCUCCUCGGAAGACUCUGUGUCUCUCAGCAGCAUGCCGAUAACAAAGGCCAAGAAGUUCGCCCCGUCAGAUGCCGAUGAAAUCGCAUGUGAUCUUGAAGAGGAAAUACGGCAGAGUAGAAGUAGCGGUGAUUGCGAUCUCUCACAGCUGCAGUUGCUCACUGUCCCUAAUGGCCUCCCACUCGAAACUCUGGUGUCCCUUACCCUCUCCGAUAACAAACUCACGGAGCUCCCCAGUCAUUUGUUUGAAGGGCAAAACUGCGCAUCUCUCGUCAGGUUUGACGCCAACUCCAACAAACUGAAGUCCCUGCCAGUGUCCCUCUUUGCGCUCACUAAACUUGAGGUGCUGCUACUAGAUCAUAAUGAGAUUGUGUAUAUCCCCUACAACGCUGAACAGGGCAGCAGCGGCGUCUUUCUCCCAUCCCUCAAGCGUGUGGGGCUCGAGUUUAACAAACUGCAGCGCUUUCCAGUUGAGUUCUUCAGCCGGUGCCCGCUUCUGGAGGAUGUCUACCUAGGACAGAACGAGAAGAUGCUGGACGUGGCACUCCCGACCGAUCAGCUGCGCGCCGCCGCGGUGCUUCACGGUGCCCUGCGCGAAAAGAUGGGCACCGCAAGGCAAGUGCUUCUCAAGGUGGACAACAGGCCGCGGUUUCUUCAGCAGAUGAAGGACGAGAAGUGGGAAGAUGUUUUGCCGUGGCUGAAUAUUGAUCUCCACAAGAUUUAUCCCGACAAGGUGCUGGGGUUUCUGUACCUCGGCUCCCUGCGCACGGCGCAGACCACAACAGUGUACCACGACCUCAACAUACGAUACAUCCUCACUGUCGCACGGAGGCUGGAUGUGAAGGUGGAGCCAGGCAUGAAGCAUCUCGUGCUGCCUGUCGAAGAUCUCCCCGGCGAGGACCUCCGCCCGCUCUUCAGUAAGGCCUUCGACUUCAUCGACCAGGCGAGGCAGGAGAAGAAAGGGGUACUUCUUCACUGCUUUGCUGGUCUUUCACGCUCAGUUGCAGUCGCCGCAGCGUAUAUUAUGAGCCGCUACGCCAUGUCGCGCGAUGAGGCGCUCAAUAUGAUUAAGGAAGCACGUCCAGCAGCACAGCCGAAUCCGGGAUUCAUGGAUACGCUGGCGAGGUACGAAGAACAACUUGAAAUGGAAAGAGGGGCAGACAGGCUUUUCAGGGCCGCAAGAAAUGGAUUAUAG